ACAUUUUAUUUUCCAUUCUUAUUUCCCUAGUCCAAAACGAAAUGGCACCUGGUUGGGGUCGUUGCUUUGGAGUUGUUAGAAAUGCAAAGAGUUUGAUAAGACAAACUUUUUCACACUCUAAGCACUUGAGUUCGAAGCCAAACUUGGGUAGAAACUUGAAAGGGAACAGAGAUCUAACGCUAGCUGCCGUUCGGGACUUGACCCAUCAACGAAUGGCUUGCCGUCACAUAGCAAAGAGGUGCCCCAGUGUUUCAGUGACUCUAAGCAAAAAUAACUGCGUCGUAAGAGAAGCAGGAAAGUCGUCGUUGGCAACGGCUGCUGCGGACUCUUCUACGAAAGGCUUGGCUUGUAUUGAAGCCUUGGACAGUUCAGUAACCGGAGCGAAAGCUCUGUCUUUGAUAGGUGUUGAUGAUGAUGGUAAGUAACCAUUUCCUGGUACACUCAGUUUGCGGAGGUAGCUCUUCGAAGCCCACCUUUUAGCAGUGCCACUCGUGAUCCUCUGUGGUCUUUCGAAUGGGUUAAACUCUGCAAUACUUCGUAGGGUUAUUGGAUAGACACCUCGUUUUUAACUCAGGUGU